AUGGUGUCUGAAAAAUAUAAAUACGCGAUAGUGCGUAUUCCGGAGAACAGUGUCAUCGACUUCUUUUCGACGAUCGUCUCCAAAGGAUAUUCGGAUGUGUCAUUUGUCUCCAGCCUAUCGCAAUGUUCAAUGCGGGACGAUCCGAAUGACGAGCCAGGCUCUUCAUCAUUCAAAGACGUGAGUCAUAUUUCGUCACUUGACGACGAUUCGACAUCAGAGAACAACAAAUCAUCGCCUUCCCGCCAAUCAUCGGCAUCGAUGCCUGUUCUUCGGCCGCCGCCUGUGAUUCCUUCAGUCAAAAAUGAAAUCUCCGAUGUCCCUCCAACGUCUUCUACGAACUCGACACCAGUCGACAUUCUCACACAAUCAAUGUCCGCAGAUCUGAUUAGCAAUCUGUUCGGCAAAGCAGAUUUUGAGCUGAAUCCGUCGGAAUGGGCCGAAAUGAAUCAGUUGGCCUCGAAUGGAAACUCGUCCGGAAAUGAGGGAAACCAAUUUCAUCCCUACAAAAAUACGAGAAUGAAGGGCUGGCAACGCGAAUACAUUAAAGAAGUGAUCAACAACGGGCAUUAUCCGACAGAGGAUGAACUGCGAGAUAUUGAGCAGAAAUGUGAUCUUAGUAGGAAACAGGUUCUGCGUUUCAUAGCAAAGCGUCUCGUAAAUCCGAACCGCAAGCCCCGCAUCAAUCACUACGAGGAAAAACGGCAGGAACAAGAACAAGCUCAGGAGAUCCAUUUGCAGCUUUCUGCAUGA